AUGGCAAAGCGCGCUGCUGAAGACAAUGAGCCGCAAACGCUCAAGGCCGGCGAACGUCCUGUGGCGGACAGUGGUCUGGCCGAGGGAGAAGAAUUUGAGGAUGAAUUCGAGGACGAAUUUGAGAGCGAGGACGAGAUUCUGGAAGCUGGUGUAGAUGGCAGGCCCGAUGAGGAGCGGGAAGCCGAAGAGAAGGCAGCAGGCGCUAUGGAUGUUGACCAAGAGACAUUCAUCCCCGGACGACACAAGCUAGACGCAGGACAGACAUUGGCCCCGGACCUCUCAACAUACGAAAUGCUGCACACUCUGGAACCAACAUGGCCCUGCCUUUCGUUCGACAUCGUCAAGGACAACCUCGGCGACGAUCGCAAGUCAUAUCCCGCCACUGUCUACGCAGUAGCAGGAACCCAGGCCGCACAAGGCCGAGAGAAAGACAACCAAAUCAUGGUAAUGAAACUCUCCGGCCUCUCCCGCAACGACAAAGCCAACAACAUCGAUUCUGACGACGAAGACGACGACGACGAAGAAUACACCGAUCCAGUCCUCGAAACGAAAUCCAUUCCCCUAACCGCCACAACCAACCGCAUCCGCGCCCACCAAUCCCCGCAAUCCAACUCCUCAACACCACCCACAACAAUCACGGCCGCUAUGCAAGAAUCUGGCGACGUCCUCAUCCACGACAUAACCCCUCACCUCCAAUCCUUCGACACGCCUGGCUUCCAAAUCCCCCAAACGGCCUCCAAACCCCGCUCCACCAUCCGCGCACAUAAGAAAAACGAAGGCUACGCCCUCGACUGGUCACCCCUGGUACCCGCCGGCAAACUCCUCACAGGCGACUCCGCCGGCACCAUCUUCGCUACAACCCGCACGGAGGGCGGCGGCUUCGUAACCGACACCAACGCCUUCACAGGCCACACCGGCAGCGUCGAAGAACUCCAAUGGUCCCCAAACGAACGCAACGUCUUCGCCUCCGCCUCCAGCGACGGCACCGUCAAAAUCUGGGACGCGCGCUCCAAAUCCCGCAAAUACGCCAUCAGCGUCCAAGUCUCCGACUCGGACGCCAACGUCCUCUCCUGGUCCCAUCAAACCCCACACCUCCUCGCCUCAGGCCACGACGACGGGACGUGGUCCGUCUGGGACCUGCGACAGUGGAAAUCCCCCGAUGCGGCGGCGAAGUCGAAACCUGUGGCGCAUUUCAAUUUUCAUCUCGGACAGAUUACGAGUGUGGAGUGGCAUCCGACGGAUGACAGUAUUGUGUCCGUGUGUUCGGCGGAUAACACUUUGACAUUGUGGGAUUUGGCCGUGGAACUGGACGACGAGGAGAGCAAGUACACGGCUGAUGUGAAGGAUGUGCCGCCGCAGUUGCUGUUUGUGCAUUAUAUGGAUCAGGUCAAGGAGGCGCAUUGGCAUCCGCAGAUUCCUGGGACCGUCAUGGCGACGGGGAAUAGCGGAUUUGGGGUGUUCAAAACAAUCAGCGUUUAG